GUCCGCGCCGGCUGCCGUUCGGGUGCUGGUGGCCGCGCCGUCGUCUCUUUCCCGCAGCCGGGGAGCCCGCCCUGCCGCCGCCGCCGCCGCCUGCUCCCUCUGGGACACCAUGGAGCUUUCCCCGUCGUCCGGAGGAGCCGCGGAGGCGCUGUCGUGGCCGGAGAUGUUCUCGGGGCUGGAGUCCGACUCGCCGCUGCCCCCGGAGGAUCUGGACGCGGUCGUCCCAGUCAGCGGAGCAGUGGCCGGUGGCAUGCUGGAUCGGAUCCUUCUGGAGUCAGUGUGCCAGCAGCAGAGCUGGGUCCGGGUGUUCGAUGUAAAAGGCCCACCAACCCACCGUCUGUCUUGUGGUCAGUCACCCUACACUGAGACAACAUCAUGGGAAAGGAAAUACUGCAUCCUCACAGACAGCCAGUUGGUGUUGCUCAACAAGGAGAAGGAGAUACCUGUGGAUGGACAGGAUCAACAGGCAGAUUCCACCAAAGGGCGAUGCCUGAGGAGAACGGUCAGUGUUCCUUCAGAGGGUCAGUUUCCAGAGUACCCACCAGAGGGCACCGCUAAACUAGAGGUACCAGCAGAAAGGUCCCCCCGCAGACGGAGCAUCUCAGGGACCAGCACAUCAGAGAAACCCAACUCCAUGGACACUGCGAAUACCUCUCCUUUUAAAGUACCAGGCUUCUUCAGCAAGCGCCUGAAAGGUUCCAUCAAGAGGACCAAAAGCCAGUCGAAGCUUGACAGAAACACAAGCUUUCGACUUCCAUCCCUCCGCAAUGCAGACGACAGGUCUCGUGGUCUGCCUAAACUGAAGGAGUCGCGUUCCCAUGAGUCCCUGCUGAGCCCAUGCAGUGCGGUGGAGUGUUUGGAUCUUGGGAGAGGGGAGCCGGUCUCAGUGAAGCCACUGCACAGUAGCAUCCUUGGACAAGACUUCUGCUUUGAGGUCACCUACUUAAGUGGAAGUAAAUGCUUUAGCUGUAACUCCGCCUCAGAGAGAGAUAAGUGGAUGGAAAACCUUCGAAGGACAGUUCAGCCAAAUAAGGACAAUUGUAGACGAGCUGAAAAUGUUCUCCGUUUAUGGAUCAUUGAAGCCAAGGACCUUGCCCCUAAAAAAAAAUAUUUCUGCGAACUGUGCCUUGAUGAUACCCUCUUUGCUCGUACAACCAGCAAGACCAAAGCAGACAAUAUUUUCUGGGGUGAACAUUUUGAAUUCUAUAGCCUUCCGCCUCUUCAUAGCAUCACCGUUCAUAUUUAUAAGGAUGUGGAAAAAAAGAAAAAAAAGGACAAGAAUAAUUAUGUAGGGCUAGUCAACAUCCCCACUGCCAGUGUGACUGGUCGCCAGUUUGUAGAAAAAUGGUACCCAGUGAGUACACCCACACCCAACAAAGGAAAGACAGGAGGACCUUCUAUCCGGAUUAAGUCACGUUUCCAGACUAUCACCAUACUGCCUAUGGAGCAAUACAAAGAGUUUGCAGAAUUCAUCACCAGCAACUACACCAUGCUGUGUUCUGUUCUUGAGCCAGUAAUUAGUGUGAGGAAUAAGGAGGAGUUGGCGUGUGCCUUAGUACACAUUCUUCAAAGUACUGGCAGAGCCAAGGAUUUUCUGACUGACUUAGUGAUGUCAGAGGUAGAUCGUUGUGGAGAGCAUGAUGUCUUGAUCUUCAGAGAAAAUACCAUUGCCACUAAAUCCAUUGAGGAAUACCUCAAGUUGGUGGGACAGCAGUAUCUUCAUGACGCACUCGGGGAGUUCAUCAAAGCCUUGUACGAGUCAGACGAGAACUGUGAGGUGGACCCCAGCAAGUGCUCGUCCAGCGAGCUGACGGACCAUCAGAGCAACCUGAGGAUGUGCUGCGAGCUGGCUUUCUGCAAGAUCAUCAACUCAUACUGUGUCUUCCCUCGUGAGUUGAAAGAAGUGUUUGCAUCGUGGAAGCAGCAGUGCCUGAACCGAGGCAAGCAAGACCUCAGCGAGCGGCUCAUCAGUGCCUCAUUGUUUCUCCGUUUUCUUUGCCCAGCCAUUAUGUCUCCCAGUCUUUUCAACCUGAUGCAGGAGUAUCCUGAUGACCGCACAUCUCGGACACUAACUCUUAUUGCCAAGGUCAUUCAGAACCUGGCCAACUUUGCCAAGUUUGGUAACAAAGAGGAAUACAUGGCAUUCAUGAAUGAUUUUUUAGAACAUGAAUGGGGUGGAAUGAAGCGGUUCCUUUUGGAGAUCUCAAAUCCUGACACCAUCUCAAACACCCCAGGCUUCGAUGGCUACAUUGAUUUGGGCAGAGAGCUGUCAGUUUUACAUUCCUUGCUUUGGGAAGUAGUUUCCCAACUGGAUAAGGGUGAAAAUUCCUUCCUACAGGCAACUGUGGCAAAAUUGGGACCUCUCCCUCGUGUUCUUGCUGAUAUUACCAAGUCUCUGACUAACCCCACGCCAAUACAGCAGCAGCUAAGACGCUUCGCUGAACACAGCUCCAGUCCAAAUGUCAGUGGAAGCCUCUCCUCUGGACUGCAGAAAAUAUUUGAGGACCCCACUGACAGUGAUUUGCAUAAACUAAAGUCUCCAAGCCAGGAUAACACAGACAGCUAUUUCAGAGGAAAGACGCUGUUGUUGGUUCAGCAAGCCUCCUCCCAGAGCAUGACGUACUCUGAAAAGGAUGAAAAGGAAAACAGCCUUCCUAACGGUCGGAGCAUCUCCCUCAUGGACCUCCAGGACACCCACACUGCUCAGGUGGAGCAUGCAUCUGUCAUGCUUGAUGUGCCUAUGCGCCUUGCAGGAAGCCAGCUCUCUAUAACCCAGGUAGCUAGCAUAAAACAGCUUCGGGAAACCCAGAGCACUCCCCAGAGUGCACCUCAAGUGAGAAGACCCCUGCACCCAGCCCUGAACCAGCCAGGAAGUCUCCAGCCCUUGUCAUUCCAGAACCCUGUCUAUCACCUCAACAACCCAGUUCCAGCAAUGCCAAAGGCCUCUGCAGAUUCCAGUUUGGAGAACCUAAGCACUGCCAGUUCUCGAAGCCAAAGCAAUAGUGAAGACUUCAAACUCAGUGGACCCAGCAAUAGCAGCAUGGAAGAUUUCACCAAAAGAAGCUCACACAGUGAGGACUUCUCCAGGCGGCACACUGUACCAGACAGACACAUACCUCUGGCUCUGCCACGACAAAAUAGUACUGGGCAGUCCCAAAUCCGAAAACUGGACCAAUCUGGGCUGGGUGCCCGAGCCAAAGCACCCCCUUCUCUGCCACACAGCGCUUCCUUGCGUAGCACGGGGAGCAUGUCCGUGGCAUCUGCAGCCCUGGUGGCUGAACCUGUGCAGAAUGGGAGCCGGUCCAGACAGCAGUCCUCUUCCUCCAGAGAAAGCCCUGUGCCCAAAGUGAGAGCAAUCCAGAGACAGCAGACACAACAGGUUCAGUCACCUGUGGACUCUGCCACAAUGUCCCCAGUAGAAAGGACAGCAGCCUGGGUUCUGAACAAUGGACAGUAUGAAGAGGAUGUGGAAGAAACUGAACAAAAUCAAGAUGAAGCCAAGCAUGCUGAAAAGUAUGAACAAGAAAUUAGCAAACUGAAGGAGCGUCUGCGGGUGUCCAGCCGGCGGCUGGAGGAGUAUGAGCGCCGGCUACUGGUUCAGGAGCAGCAGAUGCAGAAGCUGCUGCUGGAGUACAAGGCCCGGCUGGAGGACAGUGAGGAGCGACUGCGCAGACAGCAGGAGGAGAAGGACAGCCAGAUGAAAAGCAUCAUCAGCAGGCUGAUGGCUGUGGAAGAGGAAUUAAAGAAGGACCAUGCUGAGAUGCAGGCGGUUAUUGAUGCAAAGCAGAAGAUAAUUGACGCACAGGAAAAGCGGAUCGUGUCCCUGGAUUCAGCCAACACGAGACUGAUGAGUGCGCUGACACAGGUGAAGGAGCGAUACAGCAUGCAGGUCCGCAAUGGCAUCUCUCCCACCAACCCCACCAAGCUUUCCAUCACGGAGAAUGGUGAAUUCAAAAAUAGCAGCUGCUGAUGGCCUUCGUGACUGUGGGAGGAGGCAGGAGGAAGUGGCCCAGCUCUCCUGUCCCCAGCCCUUUAACCCUCCAGGUUUACAGAAUGUUGCUUCAAAUGGCGAUGUUGUGAGAAACUCUUAAAUGAAGAAAGGAACCUUUUCUUUCAGGGCUUAAAGCAAAGACUUCAAGUUCAAGUUCGAUGCUUUUCCCCAGUGUCUCUAUGUACAUAGGGAACCUAGUUCUGGGCCAUGUACAGAAAUACCACUGUAAUAUACCAAAAGGAAGUUAAUAAUGUAGAUUGCCUUUUUAAUUAUUGCUAUUUUAUUAUUGUUUUUCUCUUAUUGAAAGCACUGCAGUUAUUAGUGGAGGAAAGGUAGGAGCCAAGUGUGAGUGAGAAAUGAGCCUCUUGGUUCUGUAGCUAGAGUCUAUGUAUUGGAUAGGAGCACGUGGAGUGCAAUAGGACCUUGUCUGAUGGACGUUUUCAGGGAUUCAUCUGCCAGUUUAAAGCCCCACCCUGUCCUUACCAUUAGGAAAACAUGCAAAUACCAAGAUCCAUAUGAAACAAUAACUUAUGCCACUGUCAACCAGGAUGCUCCCGGCAGACUGCAGCCUGGUUUGCAGAGCCACCAUUUCAGAGGACACAGGUAAACGUGACUGACUGUACCAAAACCAGACUAGGAAGGAUUUCUCUUAAACUCCUCCGUCUAUAAUGGACACUUUCUGUCUUAGAUGUGGGACUUUGAUUAUACUUCAACUUUUUUAACUGCUCUUUAGAGUUGACAGAACUAUAAAUACUGUGUCUCCAUCUACUGUCUUCGUGUUCACUUGUCCACUGUCCUCUCCUCCCCAUGCUGGGAGCGGGCAGCACCAACAGGACUCACUCUCCCCUGGAGAGUGGCCAUUCAAGUAUACCACUCAUAAGCCAUCUGACUAAACACCCUUUCUUCCACACAGAAAAGGGCUAACUACAAAAGAGCAGGAAUCUCUGAAUAUCCCACUAAAAUUUUUCUUCCUAUUUGUCAGUUGUAUUUUUCCUUAGGAUAAAGGUUUUAUCUACUGUACUAGCAAAUCUGUGGGGAGGGUAAUUCCGCCACCACUUUUAACAUUCGAAUUGCUUCCUCUUUCUAUUUAUCCUCUCCAUAAAAUUUGAGAAACUAUCUAAAACUGAAACAUAUCCCUUAAAAAUGAUGAUUAAUCUUGCCAGAGAAAACCAAAGUGUGAGGACAGCACAUUCUGGUUGUUAUUCCACCCUCCUGGUAGACUCAGCAAGAGUGA